GUGUCAGAAUUUAAUUCCAAUUUGUCACCACGGGCGCUGAUGUCGCUCACCAAUUUUUUGGUGGAAAAAUCAAUAAUUCACAUUUCUUGCUUUUUCUCGAACCUCUGCGGAAAAUCCAAGUGAAAAUUUGAUUGUGAAAAGGUGCAGGAACAAGUGACGAAAUGGCGUUAAAAGUGCAAGUUGGCCAGAAGAUCAUGAAUGAGGUGAUCAGGUACAAGGGGCCGGGUACCAAGAAGCCCAAUCCGGCUAAGACUGCGCAGGCAGUGGAGUGGAGGGUCCUGGUGGUGGAUAAACUGGCCAUGAGAAUGGUGUCUGCCUGUUGCAAGAUGCAUGACAUCAGCGCUGAAGGGAUAACACUUGUCGAGGACAUCCACAAGAAGCGAGAACCUCUGCCCACGAUGGAGGGGGUUUAUUUGAUUACGCCCUCGGAGGAAUCUGUCCGGGCACUGAUGAGGGACUUUGAUCAUCCCAAUCGUCCCAUGUACAAAGCAGCUCAUGUCUUCUUCACUGAAGUGUGUCCGGAGGAGCUCUUCAACGAUCUGUGCAAAUCGUGCGCCGCGCGCAAGAUAAAGACGCUCAAGGAGAUCAACAUUGCGUUCUUGCCAUACGAAGGCCAGGUCUUCUCACUGGACUCGCCCGACACCUUCCAGUGUCUCUACUCGCCGAGCCUUGCGUCGGCUCGGGUGGCGCACAUGGAGCGAAUAGCUGAGCAAGUGGCAACUCUGUGCGCCACCCUUGGCGAGUAUCCAUUGGUGCGCUAUCGCUCCGACUGGGACAGGAAUGUGGAGCUGGCACAGCUGGUGCAGCAGAAGUUGGACGCGUACAAGGCGGACGAGCCAACGAUGGGCGAGGGCCCAGAGAAGUCACGCUCGCAGCUACUCAUUCUCGAUCGUGGCUUCGAUUGUGUCUCGCCGCUCUUGCACGAGCUCACGCUUCAGGCCAUGGCGUACGAUUUGCUUCCGAUUGUCAAUGAUGUGUACAAGUAUCAACCGUCGCCAAAUGCCAUGGACAAGGAGGUGCUUCUGGAUGAGAAUGAUGAAUUGUGGGUUGAACUGAGGCAUCAGCAUAUUGCUGUCGUUAGUACUCAGGUGACGCAGAAUCUCAAGAAAUUCACCGAUUCCAAGCGUAUGAGCCAGAGUGACAAGCAAUCCAUGCGAGAUCUCUCGCAGAUGAUCAAGAAAAUGCCACAGUAUCAGAAGGAACUCUCCAAGUACUCAACCCAUCUUCAUCUGGCUGAGGACUGCAUGAAAUCCUAUCAGGGAUUUGUGGAUAAAUUGUGUCGCGUGGAGCAGGAUCUGGCCAUGGGAACGGACGCAGAAGGGGAAAAGAUUAAGGAUCAUAUGCGCAAUAUUGUGCCCAUUCUCCUGGACACUAGUGUCUCCAACUACGACAAAGUUCGCAUCAUUGCUCUUUAUGUGAUGAUCAAGAAUGGGAUUUCCGAGGAGAAUCUGUCCAAACUCUUCACUCAUGCACAAAUUGGACAGAAGGAGCAGGAGAUGGUACGCAAUCUGAGCUACUUGGGAGUCAAUGUCAAUCCUGAUGGCAAUCGCAAGAAGUACACAGUUCCACGAAAGGAAAGGAUCACAGAGCACACUUAUCAGAUGUCCCGAUGGACUCCAGUGGUGAAGGAUAUCAUGGAGGAUUGUAUUGAUGAUAAACUGGAUGCACGUCACUUCCCUUUCCUGGCUGGACGUUCUCAGAGUGCAACCUAUCAUGCACCCACGAGCGCUAGGUAUGGCCAUUGGCACAAGGACAAGACCCAGGCAGCAGUGAAGAAUGUUCCUCGGGUUCUUGUGUUUAUUGUGGGAGGGGCUAGUUUCUCAGAGAUGCGCUGCGCCUACGAAGUGACAGCUAACAACAAAAACUGGGAAGUUAUCAUUGGUUCUUCGCAUAUUCUCACUCCGGAGAUCUUUCUCAGUGAUUUGGGAUCGCUGUCCAAGGAGGAUUAAACAGAUCACGUCAAUUAAAACCUUUUCAUCACUUCUCUUGGCUCCUCUUCAAAGUAUUAUCUGCGUGUGUGUGUUUGUGCUUCUUUCGAAGAGACUUUCACAUGCUCUUUUCUGUUGGUUUUCGCAGGAGAUUCUUCCGGAAAUCCACGAGACUCUUGAGUGAGUACCAUGUUUAUUUUCAUUUACUUUUUUCAAUGCAUUUUACAAAAUAAGAAUUGAAGUUGGAAUUAUUGUGAUUUUUGAAGAUUGAGGAGAGAGUUUUCAACUGCUAUUCAGAUUGAAACACUUCGUUAAGUUUUUUUUUUUUGAAAAAAAAUAAUUGAAAAUACUAUUAUCAAUAGUAGAAUUAAAUAUUAUGCUUUGUGAAACUAACUAAAAAUUAAAGAAAAGUUAAAAUAGUUGGAUUUAAAAAAAAGUUUAAUGGUUUGAGAGGUUUUUUAGGGUUAUUUUUAGUUUUAAAAUAAAAUUAAUAUAUUUUUCUGUAUUUGGAAAAUUGAAAAACAAUUUUUACUAAUUGAUUUCUUGAUGAUUACGUAAAGAAAAUUGAAUGUUCAGUAUUUAAUUUUCGCUUUUAAAAUUCUUCUACUGGUUUUAUACGGAAAAGAGUACUUUUGGAAAGUGAGGUUGUCUUGAGUCUAACCUUAAAAAAAAUUAAACGUACGUGAAGUUGAAACUUCAAAAUAAUUAUCCAUAGGAAUGUUAUUUAUUUCAACUAAUUUAGUAAAAAAAAAAGGCUUUGCACGAGAAAAUCAAAACGACUUGUAUGCAUUUUGAUUAUAAUUUCGCAAUUCAAAAUCUAUCAAAUUAUUGAGGUUAGAAAUAGAAGUACGCAAUAAUGGAGAAAAUCAUUCGAAACGUCUGAAAAAUAUUCCCAGGGGGUUCUGUUUAUUAAUUUCGAUUGGGUUAAAAAUAUCACAGGUUGGAAUUUAACAACUUUUGAAAAAGAAAUACUAAAACAAAAAAAAUAA